UCCGUUGGCAGCGCAAGUGGGAGGAAACCCGGUUUAAUAAUAAUGGCAGCAGUAGCGGCGUUUGCCUUUGGUUAUGGGCGGCUUCUGACUCGAACAGCCUUUCUGUUGAGGUCUACAGUUCGAAGUCUGAGUGCACAAAACACUUCACCAGUUCGAGGACUGAUUCCAAAAACAUCCUUGUCAUCACCUCCAUGGCCUGAAAUCAAGCUACCUGAUCCAGCAGAAGAGGCAGUACACCACAGAGAGGUUGUACAAAAAGUGAAUGAGUUAAUUGCCACUGGACAAUAUGGAAGACUGUUCGCAGUUGUUCACUUUGCUAGCAGACAGUGGAAAGUAACCAGUGAAGAUUUGAUUUUAAUUGAAAACCACAUACCUGCUGAAUGUGGAGACAGAAUCAGAAUGGAAAAGGUACUUUUGGUGGGGGCUGAUAACUUCACGCUGCUGGGAAAGCCGCUCCUGGGAAAAGACCUAGUCUGUGUGGAGGCCACUGUUAUAGAAAAGACUGAAUCCUGGCCAAGGUUUAACGUGAAGUUCCGUCGACGAAAGAAUUACGAGAAGAGAAGAAUCGUCACUCAGCCGCAAACUGUUCUCCGGAUAAACUCCAUAGAAAUUGCUCCUGUUCUGUCAUGAUGAAUUGGAUGGUAUGUCACGCAAACGAAGAGCAACUAAGCUACAUGAUGGCUUACCAUUACAUCUGGAUCAACUUGGAGAAGAGCUUCUCACAGAUGACUCUGGAAUGUGGAGGCUCUGAUAUAGAUUCCAACAAUAUUACCUAUCAGUAAACUGGAGCUGAGGCCCCAUUAAAAAGCAAACAGUUAACACUAUUUCCGUUAAUAUCUUUACUGUACUUAUACCUCCUAUAACUCAAGGAUGUAAUACCUUCCAAGGAAAUAUGCUCUAAAUCUGUUAUUACUGCAAGCCACUUAGUCUUCAGACUUUAUUAGAUUUUUGUCUUAAGAGAGAAAAUUAAUUCUCUAGUCAUUUUGCUAAUAUGAUAAUUGGAAUCUGACCUUGAAUUGAUUAAUGCUUGGGUUAAAGCACUUGGACAAGUAACAAUGUUCAUAUCUCAAUUAUUGCUGAUGAAUGAUUUCCUCUGCCCCCUCAAUCCAGUUUGGAAAGUUGCAGGAAACGAAUCCUUAACUAAUUAGGCCACAGCUAGAUAUUGGCUUUGGUUUGGAAGUUUGAGGGCAUGUUGUAGCUCCUUUCACAAAAUGUAUGACUUGUGAGGAGCUAAACCCUACUUAUCAGAAGGCCAAAAGUUAGACUACUUCCUACUAUCGCUUCUUGCCUCGCUCCUAGCAUUCUCUAAAGCCCUCUGAUUUUCUGGGACUCUCACAGGAAACAACAAGCUACAGCAACCAACCACUUUUAAUAUUCUGAGAAGACUGUGAAAUCUCUACCGGGCAAGAAGCAUUCUUGUAAAUCUAGUGGCUGAUGCCAACAUGUUAUUUUAAAACAAUUAUUUGGCUUCCCAAAGUCAUAGAGAAUUCAUGAUGUAACUGGAAUAGGCAGGGCCAAACAAACAUGAUGUAAGUUUUAUUUCUUUGGCUAGAAGGUGGCUUAACCUUAAGCCCAGUGGGUUAAUAGAAUGGAAUAAGUACAAAUAGCCUUGCUGACGCUUAAGGUUAAUUCUCUGGAAAAAAAAGGGUGGGGUGAGGGGGAUACUAAACCCAAUAAAUAUGGAGUUGCAAAAGAGUUGUUGGGGCAACCACUAAUUGUGCAUUUAAGCUGCAUGUCAAAAUGAUGUCAGGCUGGCUCUCCCCCCCCCUUUUUUUUUUAUUGGAAUAAUCUUGCGGAGAAAAAGUAGUGAAGCUAGAAGCCUGCUUGGCACCAGGGGAAAUAUCUGCUGGCAGACGAGUGUCCAGAGGCACCAUCUUAUCUGCCUUUGUGUUAGGCAUCGUCAACAGUAUUGCAUGGAUAUUAAUUCAUUGUUCAUUUAAGAUAGCAUCUAUUGUUAUUAGCCUCUUUGCAAGUCAAUGGUAUUGCAUACGUUUUAAUUUCUGAUUUAGAAAUUUACUCCUACUUUCUCCUUAAACUGACUCUAGUAUAAAAACUGGAGCAAUUUCAGCUGAUCUGUAUGUGUGUAUGCAUGCACACACAUAUGUAUGCAUGUAGUUUUCAUCUACAACUCUUACAUAACAGUAUUUAAUAGGACUGGUUUGUUCCCACUAAACUCUACUAAUGCAUCCAUGGUGUAUCUGGGACAAUUUAAGUAAGGGAUGCUCAAACUAUGGUGCCCGUAUCUCUGAUGAUUGAUGAAGUUUAUCCAAAUGAUCCAUAGAAAGACUGAGAAACAGUCAAGCAUAUCUAUAUUUGAUUUAUUUUUUCCAGUGAUAUAGAUAGGGACAUUGUCACUAGGGAGAGAAUAGAUUAAGAAAACCGUGUUGGUGAAGCUUGUUAAUUUUUCACUUAAAAUAAACAAGUCCCAGGGAUUUUUUAAUGGCUCAGCCUGUGGUCCAUGACUUUUUUCUUUUAAAAUAUUAAUAUUUAUUUUAUAUAAUUAAUAAAGCAAUUUAUAGUUUUCUUAAUAUGUGAACCUGCCGAUUUAGACUUUAGCUAGUGAGCGGUCAUAUCUAUUGCUCAAAGACGGCAGGAUUAGGAAGUGGUUGGUUUAUCAACAGACCAUCACUAAUUUAAGUCACAGGCAAAAUUUUCAUAUUGUCUACUAUGCAUGCACGUUAUGUUGCCAAUCAAAGGUACAGAAACAGCUGUCACUGGCACCUUUUAGAUGUUAACAUUCCUCAGAGACAUGUAAUGAGUUAUACAUAUGCAAGCAAGCUUUCCUCAAAGCUCUAGAAAAUACUAUGUGAAUCUGUUUCAGUCCUAAAGUAACUUAGACAGAAGUUUCUGGUUAAAUGAUUGGAUUUGCACCUUCUGAUUUUGGAAAUCUCUGAAAUGAAUAUUAGAAUAUGGCAAACACUACUCUGGCAAGCUUUUAAAAUUUGAGGCUUGGCACUGCACAGUGAUAAGUGUGCGCUAUUCACACUUUUUGUUCUUAUGACGGUUUGGGGGGAUAUCUUUGAAAGGCUUGAUUUAUUUUUAAUUUAUUUUUCUGGGAUAUUAUGGGCCCAUUCUAAUUGCAAACAAAAAAUACAUUUUAAUGACCUGGAUUCUGAGAGCCUGCAAAUGGCAAUCAUUAAGUUUCAGAUGGGGGGUGGGAUAUGGAGUUGCAAUCCUGAUUAACAUGAUGGAAAAAAUACUGUAACAAUUUAUCAUCAUAGCAUAUACUAGCUGGAUCAAUAAUUAAUGUUUAGUUAUAAGACACAAAAAAGUUCUGGCCUUUGAAGCAUGGCCAAGAGCCACCAUAAUAGCUUAAAAAAACACACACACACACAAUCCACUCCUAAUUUCAUAAUAUCAAUGAUAGUGGAUAUGAAUAAUAGUUAAUGUUCAUCGAGUGUUCAUACAUAAUAUACUGUUUCAUUCAUUUUAACUCUAUUCUAAGAAAAAACAAUAACUGCAUAAAGCCUUAUCUUUACGUUACAAAUGGGAGGCUCGGACUACAGUAUGUUUAAGGCUAAAUCCUAUGCAUACUGACUAGGAAAAAUUAUGUUUAAAUCACUGACUUCCCUGUGAAUAUCUUGUAUAAGGCUGCCUAGUUCACAAAUUAGUACAGGAGGAGGAGAGCUUUCUGAGCUACUAUGAGCCAGGCUUUUAAUGGCUCAGUGUCAGUCCUCUUGUCUACCAGCUUAUUUUUCUCCAUGUCCCAUCUUUACUACAUUUCCACAAAUUUACUAAAUUAUGCUACUAAGUGAAUGAGAUAAAACAGCAUCAAGAUGACCAUAUUCACAUGACAGCUUAAAUCAACUUAUUAUUAGGCCCACAUCAUCUGAACUUGAACUAUAGGCCAAAUAAUGGUUACCAUGGAGUAAUUUAAUUGCAAUUGGAAUCAAGGCUUGUAAAAAGUAAGUAAAAGGUUUACUCACGCUGAUGUUAUUUACAUUAAUCCUCAUUUUAUCUGGCCUUAAAUGAGAGGGUUAAUCUGAGGUUAAUCUUGCUUUCUGGCUCUACCCACAGAGAUAGGAAGCUGGAGCAGCUGCAGAAUGGAACUAUUUGAGGCAUAUGUCUCUGCUGCUGCUUGUUUUUCACUUCCCCACCAGUGUGCAUUUGGGAAACAAAUGGGAUGUAAUUUAACCACGGUGUUCAAUCAUGACUUCUUGUAAGCUACCUUUACCUAUGGUCCUGUGUGAAGAUCAGGUCACUCCAGAUUUGUUUGUGUUAUUUGCAAUUCAACAGGAAAUAUUGACCAGCACAACGGUUUUUGGAAUAAUACCUUAAAAGUGGGGGAUUAUUAAAUCUGAAGUCAGCCAAAGUUUCAUAUGUUGUCUGAAUCACCUUCAGUGGCUGAGUACUUUCACUGUAAUUAAUCGUUAGUGUCUCAUGCAUAGGUAUCUAUAAGAAGCCACAAUGAUAGAAAUGAUAAAAUUCACAUUGUUUCUUCAAUUAUGUUAUGAUGCAUGUGACAUCCCUUCUUCUCUUCUCCGCUGUGGAUGCCCUUUGUAUCAUGUGAACACAGCUGGUUUUUAAUGAAGAUUUCUGAGCACACUAAAUGCCUGUUUUGCUGUUCCAGUGUUUGGAAGUGCACCUGCUCUUACUCAGCAGCAAAACUUUAUACUGUAAAAUAUUCCUUGGAUUUGUAUUAUUUGUGUAUGCAGAAAGAUGAAACUCGGGAGAGCCUUUCAGUUCUGCAAAUCACCGUACAUACCAUUUUAUACCUUUCUCCAUCUGAAUUCAAGUUAUAUGCAGAGGAAAGGGGCAAUGAAAAGAAAAUCUGGCAGAAAGCAAGGCUGGUGACAAUGCAGGGCCUCCCCUUGGAUUUUUAUAAGAAUUUUCCAAAAAGUGUCAUAAAUAUUUAUCCCUGUUGAAUCAAGAUUAGUAGAUUUUGCCUUUCAUUAUCAUCUAUCUACUGGUCAAAUUUGAAUAUACUUGAAUAUACUUAAUAUUAAUUAUGGUUGCCAUUCAAUUUUUGUUGAAUAUUUGUUCUUUUGUGUUGGUUUCUUUUGCUUUUGCUAUCAAAAACCUGCACUGUGAUUAUUCAUAGAGCGAAACUGCACAAAUUAUGAGUAUGUGAAUAUUUGUGAAUAUAUGCUCUUUUAAGAAUCAUACACAGUCUAAUCUCAUUGAUUUGAGUGAUCUAAAGCACUGCUAAAAUGUCCAGGUUGAUAUGAAUGCAAGCAAGGGUUAAUUAAAAGUUAUUCUGCCGUGGGGAAUUUUAUGAAAAAAAACCUGGUUGCUCAAGAGCGUAAGAUAAUCAUAGUUCAAAUUAGGGGGAACUGCUUUCUGAGAAUAAUUAUAAGAUUUGUGGGCAACAUACAGAUCCACAGUAAUGGAUAAUAGCAUUAAUAAGGUAUUUAAUUAUCUAUUCCUUCUGUGUAUCAUUAAAUUAUGUGGUGACAGCUUGUCUCAUAGAACUUCUCUUCCCUUAAACACAGAAGCCAUGAAAUCACCUUCCAUCGUGAAACAGGCAGGGAUAUCUACUAGUUUUUGGAGUGGCUCAUUGCGAAAUGCAUGGCCCUAAGCUCAUAGCUCAAAAGCCCUGUCUCUUUCCAUCUGCUGCUGCUCAAGUGAGGACUGCUGUAGCCCAACAGUGGAGGGCAGCAGAUUGGAGGGGUUGGGUUGGGUUGGGUUGGGUGGGGUUUUAACAAUUGUACAAAUGCCUGUUGCUGGUUCCCUGGUUUCAGAAUAUAUUUUCCAACUUCAGGGGUUUACUGUUUUGGAACAGAUGUCCUUUUUGUUUACUUUCCUGUACUCUGCAAAACAUUUCUGUUUCUUAUGUUAAUUGAUAUUCAAUUUACUAAAUUGAAUAAAGAUGUUACCGUGUGCAGGGAUAUCAAAACAGUUCCCAAAUAUGGAACCAGGACAGUGUGUGUUAAGCAGGAUGCUCUUGCCAAACUUUUUCCCAUUCAUCUUUCUAUCAUAUGGCUCCCAAUUUUACUCUACACCAUAACAACUCUUUCCUACAACUAUUCUGAACCAGCCUUUCAAUAAUUUCAGCCAGAUAACAUAUCAAAUGCUUAAAACCAAUUAGAAUCAACAAAACUGUUAUUGAAAAAAAAAAGCUUAUGUAAAUCAGGGGUGAAAAUUCCAACCUGGACCUGGAGCUUUUUAUAUCUGAAUAAUUUACAAAUAAGGGGACGCGCUGGCGCAGGGGCUUAAUGACGCUGAAAGUUGCCGGCCAGAAAUGGUCAAUGCUUCAGCG